ACACACUUUUGCUUUCUUCACUCAUAACAAGAUCAUCAAUGGCUACUCCGAAAGAACACAUUGAAGAGAUAAGAACAACAAAGUUUUCUAUUGGCGGGAAACCUAAUCCUUUGACUGAAGAUCUUCAUCAUGCUGUCAAAAAUCUUUCUGCUGAACUUUAUGCAAAAGAUGUUCAUUUUCUCAUGGAACUCAUUCAAAAUGCUGAAGAUAACAACUAUCAUGAAGGAGUGAGUCCAACACUUGAGUUUGUCAUAACUUCUGAUGACAUUACUGGUACUGGUGCUCCAGCCACAUUGCUUAUUUUCAAUAAUGAAAAGGGUUUCUCUCCGAAAAACAUCGAUUCCAUUUGCAGUGUUGGAAGGUCAACAAAGAAAGGCAACAGGAGCAGUGGUUACAUAGGAGAGAAAGGAAUUGGUUUCAAGAGUGUGUUUCUGGUUACUGCUAAGCCUUACAUUUUUAGCAAUGGAUAUCAGAUAAGGUUCAAUGAGAAGCCUUGUCCACAUUGCAGCCUCGGCUAUAUAGUUCCUGAAUGGGUUGAGAAGCCAACCCUUAUUGACAUAACACAGAUAUAUGGUAAAGAUUCUCUUCCAACUACGACAAUCGUCUUGCCCCUGAAGCCAGAUAAGGUCAAACCUGUUAAACAGCAGCUCUCAAGCGUUCAUCCAGAAGUCCUUUUGUUUCUAACCAAAAUCAGACACCUUUCUGUCAGAGAAGUUAAUGAAAAUCCUGAGCAGAACACUGUGACUGCUGUAUCUAUUUCAAGUGAGAUUAACUUUGUGACUAGGAAAAACAUGAAUGCCGAGUCUUACACACUCCAUCUCUCUGCAGAGGAGAAUAGUGAUGCUGAGAAGGAAUGCAGCUACUACAUGUGGAAGCAAAAGUUUCCGGUAAGGUCGGAAAAUGUGGUCGAAAGGAGAACGGAUGUGGAAGAAUGGGUUGUGACACUGGCCUUCCCUAAUCAAGAGAGGCUUCAUAUAGGCAAAAGCUCAACAGGGGUCUAUGCUUUUCUUCCUACGGAGAUGGUCACUAAUUUUCCUUUCAUUAUUCAAGCAGAUUUUGUCCUUGCCUCAUCAAGGGAGACAAUUCUCUUGGAUAAUAAAUGGAACCAAGGGAUACUUGAAUGUGUUCCAUCAGCCUUUAUGGAUGCACUCAGAACACUUGUCAUAGGAUCAGAUGAAGCUCCAGUAUCCAGUUUGGUGCGUAUGUUCAAGUUCCUUCCAAUUGAAAGUUCUCCAUUUGAGAAGUUUAAUUAUGUGAGGGACAAAAUCAAAGCCAAAUUGGUUGACGAAAAUAUUGUCCCUAUUGAAACAUACACAAAGCAGAAGCACUUCUAUAAGCCUGGUGAAGUUAAUAGGCUGCUACCUGGAUUCUGGAAAGUUUUAACUAAAGCCCGGGACGAAGGAGUGUACUUGCUUAACCUAUCUUCUCAUGAUGGGAGGAAAAUCUUGAAUUCUUCAUUUGAUAAAAGUGAGUAUGAUCAAGUGCUCAAUUUUUUAGGGGUAAAAUCAGUGUCCGUUGAUUGGUAUGCAAAGUGCAUCCAGAGUUCUAAUCUUGUGGAUGGAGUAUCAGAAGAUCUCUAUCUUCAGCUUUUACUUUUUGUUGCAAAAAACUGGUCUUCAAGAUUUAAGGGCACAAACAUUAAGAGGAUUCCAUUGAUUAAAUAUGUGGCUUCUGAUGGUACUCUAGCCUCUUUCAGUCUUGAUGAAUGUGCACAGCCCCAUCCAUUUUCUAAGCGAGUAGUACUAACUGACUCAAGUGAGUCCAAUGCUUGCUCUUGGCUGAUCAAUUGGAACAAGGAAUUUUCAUUUGCAGCAAACCAGUUUUUUAUGCCUGAAAGCAUACAAAAUGCUAUAUUGUGUUUUGCCCAUAAACAGACUUUGAUGGAAUGGCUUGCAAAUGAAGUUUAUGUUACUAAUUUGAGCGUGUACACUUUUGCCAACGUCUUCUGUAGUUCUGCUAAAAAUAACAACAAACUUGCCAUUGCAUAUGCUCAUUUCCUAUACCACUCUUUGUUAAAAGGUUAUUUGUCAAAGCGGGAGGUUGAUAGUCUAUGUAAUUCUCUGCCACUUGUUGACAACUAUGGCUGCGUCACACAAAGAAGAAAAGGGGUUCUCUUGCCUGCAAAUGUGAGCAAAUGGGCAGACUUAAUUGUUUCUAAUCCUUGGAGGAAUGAAAAUUAUAUUGAGCUUGGAAACGUUUACCUAAAUGCAUCAUCUUAUGCUGGUCAAUUUACAGCUUCCGAGAUGCUUAUUAAUUUCCUCACAACUCAUGUUGGAGCUUCUGACAUACCUUAUAUAUCUCCUCCGAAUGCUGGGUUUUCCGCCGUUAAUACACCACUUACAAAAGACAAUGCCUUUUUGCUUUUGGAUUGGAUUCGGAAUCUGAAGAACAAGGGAGUACACCUACCAGAGAGGUUUUUGAAAUGUAUAAAAGAUGGAAGCUGGCUUAAAGUUACCAUCAAUGGAUACAGGCCUCCUUCAAAGUCGUUCUUAAUUCGCUCACCAUUGGGGGAAAUUUUGCAAAGUGGUUCAGUUCUUGUUGAUAUACCUCUGAUUGAUGAGAGCUUCUAUGGGGAUAGAAUAAAUAAGUAUGAAGAGGAGUUGAAGACAAUUGGAGUGAUGUCCAGCUGUGAGGAUGCAUGCAAUUUCAUUGGAAGAGAACUGAUGUCUCGUGCGUCUUCCUUUACUUUAAGUAAGAAUCAUGUUCUUUUGAUGCUUAACUUCGUCCAAUAUCUCAGGAGAAGUGUUCUUCCUCUGGAAAAAUUUGUAAACAGCAUCAGAGAUGAGCCUUGGCUAAAGACAUCUUGGGGUCUUAGGUCUCCUGUGGGAACUGUAUUGUAUGAUUCCGGAUGGCAAGUGGCAUCACAAAUUAGUAAUAUCCCCUUUAUCGAUCAAUCUUAUUAUGGUGAGGAAAUAUCUAAUUACAAAGAGGACCUAAAGUUGCUAGGCGUGAUAGUUGAAUUAUCUGGAAAUCACCAAAUUGUCAUUGAGCAUUUAAAAUCACCCUCAAAUUUGGCCUCUUUGACAGCUGAGGCUGUUCUUUUGAUAAUAAAAUGCAUCAGAUUCUUGAAUGCCCCUACGAAGCUGUUAAGUUCACUGAAGGAAGCAAGCUGCCUUAAGACAAAUUUGGGUUACAAACUACCGAUUGAAUGUUUCAUGUAUGACCAGGUAUGGGGCUGCAUUUUGGAUGUAUUCAACGACAUUCCUGUGAUUGAUCAUAAAUUCUAUGGAGAGAAGAUUUUUGAUUACAAAGACGAACUGAGGAAAAUCGGUGUGGUGGUUGAUUUUGGAGAUGCUAUAAAAAUAUUUGCUUCUCUCUUCAAUCAGAAGGCAUCACAAACUUCAUUUAACCCAGAAAAUGUCAUGUCUUUUCUUUCUUGUUGCAAGCAGCUUAAGGGAACUGUAUAUAAAUUUCCUUCUGAUUUCUCAACCAUUAUACAUAAUCAGAAGUGGCUAUAUACUAAGGUUGGUUGUUAUGCGUGCCCAAGAAAAUGUAUUUUAUAUGGUCCUGAGUGGAAAUCUAUUUCUUCAAUUACUUGUCUCCCUUUCAUUGACGACAGUGACAAAUUUUAUGGUGCGACAAUACAUCAGUACAAAGAAGAGCUGAAGAACAUUGGAGUUGUUACUGAAUUGAAACAUGGAGUGAGGUUUGUGCCUGAAUGUAUGAAUUUUCCUUCAGAUAGCUCCACCAUUACUCCUGAAAGUGUGUUUUCUUUGAUGGAAUGCAUCCGAAGUCUAUUGCAAGAGCAUAAGCUUUCCAUCGAAGAUGACUUCAAAAAGCAAUUAUCGAGAAAUUGGUUAAAGACACAUGCUGGUUAUAGGCCUCCAGAGAUGUGUUUGUUGUUUGAUGCCAAGUGGAGGACUUUCUUCAAUCCAACUGAUGGGCCUUUUAUUGAUGGAAAUUUUUAUGGACCUAAAAUGGCAUCUUUCCAGAAAGAACUCAUAGCAAUAGGAGUCACUGUUGACCUAGAGAAUGGGUGCGCCUUACUUGCCAGUCACCUUGACUCUCUCUGUAACACUGAUAAUAUUGUGAAAAUAUACAGGUACUUAUCCGAAUACAAUUGGAAACCAGAGGAGGAAGCUGACAAGAAAAUUUGGAUUCCGAAUGGAACUGAAGGUGGAAAGUGGGUCAACUCUGAAGAAUGCAUCAUACAUGACCCAGAUAAGAUUUUUAGCUUAAAAUUUUAUGUUCUUGAAGAUAUCUAUGAUAGGAAGAUUCUUCCCUUCUUUACCUUUGCCAUGGAAGUCAGGAGUAAGCCCUCACUUGAUGAUUAUGUUGAUGUUUGGAAUGAUUGGGAGAGAUCAUCAGAAGAAUUGUCAUAUGAUAAGUGCUCGAAAUUCUGGAUGUUUAUCCUGAAACACUUGGGCACAAAUACAGAGAAGAAACUUUCUGAGAGGCUGAUCAAACUACCUGUAACAACAGGCAGCAAUGAAAUAUUUCUGUUGGAUAAAGAAGAUGUGUUUAUUCCUGAUAACCUUCAUCUGAAGAAACUUUUUGAGCAGGAGAAUUUUUUUGUGUGGUAUCCUCAGCAGAACUUUGGGCCAUUGUCCAUUUCCAAGAUAUACGACAUCUACCGAAAAAUCGGUGCUCGAAAUAUCUCUGAAUCACUAUGCAUGGAAGAAUCAUCCGUAGUUGAUGAUGAUGGUGUUGAACUGGUGCAAGUGGAUCAUAAUAGUAUUUUCAAUUUAAAAGGUUUGGUUAAGCUCAUUCUUGGUUUCCUUUCUUGUUCUAGCCUGAAAAUGGAACCAGAUAAGAGGCAUGAUGCUGUUCAAGGUCUUCUCAACCUGAGUUUCCUUGAGACAAUGGUGCCGGUCACGGUCAGCUAUAGUUUAUCACUGUCAUCAGGGAACAUCAUUACAAAGAAAGAUGACAAAAUGGUACGCUGGGAAAGGCAAAAUGCCAAGUUUUUCAUCCAGAAGACGGAUGACUCUCAUAGAAAUACACUGAAGUAUGCAACAUAUUUCUCUGAAGCAAUAUCAGAAGGUGUCUUGUGUGAGAAUCAUGAUUUUGUUCCUGCUCUCUCAGAAUUGAUCACGUUGGGUUUUGUGCUGAAAUUCAAGAAUGGAGAUAUUGAAUUUCUGAUGGAGACCAAGAAUUUACAGAUUUUCUGCGAGGAUGAGAAGUUCCUCAGUUCUGCAUUCCCUUCUGACUAAGUAUUCUGCUUAGGUUUACUUGCUAUAUGUCUGCCUCUUUACAAUAUGUUUUAAGUAUUCUCGUUCACUUAACUUUGGUCUAUUUUCAGUGUGGUUUGUGUGACUAUGUUAAGAAACCUUUAUAUUAUUGUAUCACUAUAUUACUUACGAGUAUCUGCCAACAAUAUUUUGCUUCCUUCAUUUCUAUUUGAUGUCAUUUCUAUUUACCACAUGACAUACUAACGAAAUUUAUCGACCGAUACAAAUAAAGACCCUAAAAAA